CGCCCACGCGUACUUAUGCAGCCCGGCCCGGCGCUGACAGCCGCAGUGUCGCUCCGACGGUCAACCGGAGACAGCAGCCGAACCGAGCGGCGGGAGAUCCGGGUCAGCAACCGGGACAGGAUCAAACUGGACUCCAGGACGCGCGAGGGAAUUCAUUUAAACCGCCUCGUGCCGCCAAUGGACUCCCUGUGAACGCAUCAACAACACAAAAGUCCCGGAUUUCCUCUGAUUUAUUCAAAAAACAACAACAAGGGAGGACAGAGAUGGAUGUUGCGGCGGAUCAGCCCCGCUGGAUGCACCACCACCCCGUGCUGAACGGACAGCACCCGGACUCGCACCACCCGGGCCUGGGCCACAACUACAUGGAGCCCGCGGCGCAGCUGCUGCCUCCGGACGAGGUGGACGUGUUCUUUAACCACCUGGACUCGCAGGGAAACCCGUACUACCACAACUCCGCCAGGGCCCGGGUGUCCUACAGCCAGGCGCACGCGCGCCUGACCGGGACUCAGGUGUGCCGGCCUCACCUGCUCCACAGCCCAGGCCUCUCUUGGCUGGACGGCGGGAAAGCUGCUCUGUCCGCCCACCACCACCACCACCACAACGCCUGGGCCGUCAGCCCCUUCAGCAAGCCCAGCCUGCACCACCCGGGCUCCGCGUCCCCCGGCGCGCUCUCCGCCGUCUACCCAUGCAACAACAGCAGCUCCGCGUCCUCCCUGACCCCGCCGUCCCACCAUCCCAGCUCCCACCUGUACACGUUCCCCCCCACCCCACCCAAAGACGCGUCUCCGGAUCCCGGGGCCGCGUCCCCGUCCUCCCCAGCCACCAGGAUGGAUGAAAAGGACUCUGUAAAAUACCAGAUCCCAGAGAGCAUGAAGAUGGAGGGAUGCAGCCCUCUGCGGGGCAGCCUGUCCUCAUCCAUGAGCGCGCAGACGCCUUCCACGCACCAUCCCAUCCCCACGUACCCCGCUUACCCUCUCCCGGCGGGACACGAGUACGGCGGGAGUCUGUUCCACCCGGGCAGCCUGCUGGGAUCCCCGUCCGGGUUCAAGAACAAAGGCAAGACGCGCUCCUGCACCGAAGGCCGUGAGUGCGUGAACUGUGGCGCCACGUCCACGCCGCUGUGGAGGCGCGACAGCACCGGACACUACCUGUGCAACGCCUGCGGCCUCUACCACAAGAUGAACGGCCAGAACCGACCUCUCAUCAAACCCAAGCGCCGGCUGUCUGCAGCCAGACGAGCGGGAACGUGCUGCGCCAACUGUCAGACGACCACCACCACGCUCUGGAGGCGCAACGCAAGCGGAGAUCCGGUGUGCAACGCCUGCGGCCUUUACUACAAACUACAUAAUGUGAACCGGCCGCUCACCAUGAAAAAGGAAGGGAUCCAGACGCGCAACAGGAAGAUGUCCAACAAAUCCAAAAAGAGCAAGCGUGGCGGCGACGCCUACGAAGAGUUCACCAAAAGCCUGCACGACAAGAACUCCCCGUUCAGCGCCGCCUCUCUGGCCAGUCACAUGUCCAUGGGUCACCUGCAGCCCUUCAGCCACGCCGGACACAUGCUGCCCACGCCCACGCCCCUACACCCGUCCUUCAGCCAUGCGCACCACUCCAACAUGGUGACGGCGAUGGGCUGAGAGGGCGAGGAGGCGGAUGAGACUCUGAUGAGCACAUCCGGCUCGAUUGUGUCGGUUGGUGAUUGUAAGAAAGGAAUCAUGGUACCAAACUGAACGGAGAAACGUUUGGCUUCCUGUUGUUCAGACACAAACUCAGAAGAACCUCACAGCUGGGAAGUUUUAUAGUCGUGUGAAUAUUGUAAAUAUGCGUCAGGAAACUGCUCUUCACCACUAAACUAUUUUGGUUUUUUUGCUCAUGGACAUUUUUUAAGCAGUUUUUCACUUAAAAAAAGGUUUAAGAAUUCUGAUUUUACACUGUCUAUUCUAAGUUUUAUAAUAAUUAAUAUUGUUAUUCAGAUAAUUUAUUUUAACUAUUGUUUAGUUCCUUAGGCUACAGUACUGGAUUCAUAUGGAUGCUGUUAUCCCAGGUAUAUUUUUUAGCUGAAACGCCACAUUUAUAAUCUCAAGAAACGAGGAGAUAUUUCCUAUUAUUCACUGCUUGUUCUGCGUCAGUCUGAGAUUUAAAAAAUGGUCUAUUAUGCUAAUGAGGAAUGUGCAACUCAAAUCAUCCCAUGCUUUAUUUACCUGAAACGUUGUUCUCUUUUCAAGCGGGGUAACAGGUCUUCAGAUGUUUUAUCUUCAUUCUUCUAACCAUAAUCAUUCUCUGCUUCCAGCUGCCUGUCACUAAAGGCUGAGCGUCUGUCAUCACAUACUGUUGAUUUCAAAAUAAAAGUUUAUCAAAUCUAAAGCCGUGG